AUUCUUCACCAGUCGUUUCCUGAAUACUGCGGUGUUGGAGACUAUUUUCCAGUACUGGGAGGAUCUUUUUGUGGACUGGUCUAAUUACUGAGAUUUAAGACACAGUUUAUAUCAAACCCACUCUUCAGGAGAGACUAGAAGGCAAACAGGAGGCUAGAGCAUGCUCUUUGCCUAGCUCUGCCCGCAGUGUGUGUGUGUGUGAGUGUGUGCGCGCGCGUGUGUGAGCGUGCGUGUGCGCAAACCGCACGCAUGACUCGCGCGUUCUCCCGGGUACCACAAUCAGACCCCAGAGCGAAAAGAGGGAUCACAGGCGUCCCAGCACUUUGAGAGAUGGUGAUUUUCGACUGAGGAGUCACUGAAGCUGUGCGGAGGCUGCAUUAAUCGCUCCAGACACCAGCAGACAGAAUGAAGCGACCUGGGGCUAUCUUCCUCCCCCUGUUCCUCCUCCUCUGUAUCUCUCUGCCCAUACACUCCAUGAUCUCCAACUGUGUCAUCAAGCGAGAGGAGGAACGAUGCAUGGAGAGGAUCGCGCUUCACGACCCAUCGCAGGACCAGGAGUUCGGUUGUGCUUGGGAGUGGGAUAACCUGACAUGCUGGUCAGCAGCGGGCGUGGGCGACAUUGUGGUGGUCAGCUGCCCUGAGCUCUUUGAGUUCAUGAGCCCUGUAGAAGGGCUUGGGAAGAUCAGUAGGAAUUGUACAGAGGACGGUUGGUCAGAGCCGUACCCGCAUUACGUGGAAGCUUGUCUCUCUGAGGAAAACACCACCAAGCCGGAUAUGUACUACGCAUCAGUGAAGGCUCUGUACACUGUGGGCUACAGCACGUCUCUGGUAUCCCUCACCACCGCCAUGGUCAUCCUGUGCAGGUUCAGGAAGCUACACUGCACCAGGAACUUCAUCCACAUGAACCUGUUCGUGUCGUUUAUCCUGAGAGCCAUCUCGGUCUUCAUUAAAGACGGGGUGCUGUAUGCUGAGGAGGACAGUGACCACUGUUUUGUCCACACGGUGGCGUGCAAGGCGGUGAUGGUGUUCUUUCAUUACUGCGUCAUGUCCAACUACUUCUGGCUGUUCAUUGAGGGCCUGUAUCUCUUCACCCUGCUGGUGGAGACCUUCUUCCCGGAGAGGAGAUACUUUUACUGGUACACCCUCAUCGGCUGGGGAACUCCAACUAUAUGCGUGACCAUAUGGGCGGUUCUACGGCUGCAUUUUGAUGACUCUGGUUGCUGGGAUAUGAAUGACAACACCGCCCUCUGGUGGGUCAUCAAGGGACCUGUGGUUACUUCAAUUAUGAUAAACUUUGUGCUCUUCAUUGGGAUCAUCAUCAUCCUCGUCCAGAAGCUGCAGUCUCCAGAUGUCGGAGGGAACGAGUCCAGCAUUUACCUCAGCUGUGCUCAGAAAUGCUUCAGUGAGCCCGCACAGGCUGUCCAGCAUUCGUGCAGGAUGUCAGAGCUUUCUACCAUCACCCUGAGGUUGGCUCGCUCCACUCUGCUGCUCAUCCCUCUGUUCGGGAUUCACUACACCGUGUUCGCCUUUUCCCCAGAAGAAGUCAGCAAGCGGGAGAGGCUAGUGUUCGAGCUCGGACUCGGCUCUUUCCAGGGCUUUGUGGUGGCUGUGCUGUACUGCUUCCUGAACGGAGAGUUUCUGCCUGAAGGUGCAGUCGGAGAUCAAGAGGAAAUGGCGCAGCUGGACGGUGAACAGAUACUUUGCUGUGGACCUGAAGCAGCAGCGUCACCCUUCGCUAGCGAGCAGCGGCGUGAACGGGGGAACGCAGCUGUCCAUCCUGAGCAAGAGCAGCUCACAGAUCCGCAUGUCCAGCCCCCAGGCCGAGAGCGCCACCCUCAACCUGCCGACCUGAGCGUCCCGGCGGACGAGCCAGCUCCGAAUCCGAUCCCAUAACUCCGCCCCUUUCUGAUUAAACCCUGCUCUAGCCUCGGGGUCUCGCUCCCUGGACCGGCUGAAGAGGCUCUCUAAUUAUCAAUAUUUGUCCAUUAAUGAAAAAUACAUGACACAUGACAACAUAGAAAUUAGGAUUUUUGUUCAAAAAAUUGUUCUUAAGAGCAUCGAUGCUAGUCUAGGGUUCUACCAGGUAGCACUAGAAAUCAGAUUCAGUGCAAAAUAUCAUCAUCUUCAUCAUCAUCAUCAUCAUCAUCAUCAUCGUCUAUAUUCUCAGUGAUGUUCGGUCCAAUCCGAUGGAAACACAUCUGAUCUCGGACGACCCACAAUCCGUUCUUAAUCCUGGAACUAAUUUUCCAGCUGGAGUGUGUAACAGAUGUGUGUUACUCCGAUUAGUGACGAAUAACCGCAAAUAAAUUAGGACGUAAGAGCAGCGAUGAGCAGAAACGGACAACACUGAGGAAUCUGAUUCCAAAAAUCUGAUACUGGAUACAUCGAAAAUCUGGCAGUGAUCAGAUAUCCACUCGCUUCUCGUCAGUGAUUCAGUUCAUCUCUCAUUUUGUGCUGCAGAGAAACCGGGAAUCUCCUGGCUGUGAGGAAUAAAAGACUUGAGGUGUUCUGCUCUUUCCUCCAGCAGCAGCUCUCAUCUGUUUUAUUCCUCUGUUACUGCAGAAACAUACAGACACUUAGAGUUACUUUCAGUAUCUGUGAGGCAUCAUCAUCAUCACCAUCAUCAUCAUCACCAUCAUCAUCAUCAUCAUCAUCAUCAUCAUCAUCACCAUCAUCAUCAUCACCAUCAUCAUCAUCAUCAUCACCAUCAUCAUCAUCACCAUCAUCACCAUCACCAUCAUCAUCAUCACCACUAUCAGCAUCAUCACCAUCAUCAUCACCAUCACCAUCACCACUAUCAGCAUCAUCAUUAUCAGCAUCAGCGAUCUCUCUUUCUCUCUCUCGCUCUCUCUCUCUUUUUCACUCUCUCUAUAUUCACUUUUUCUCUCUCUCACUCCCUCUUUUCACAUUUUAGCAUUCUCUCUCUCUCUCUCUCUCUCUCGCUCUAUCUCUGUCUCUCUCUCUUUUUCACAUUCUCGCAUUCUCUCUCUCCCUCUCUCUCUUUUUCACAUUUUCGCAUUCUCUCUCUCUCUCUCUCUCUCUCUCUCUCUCUCUUUCACAUUUUUGCAUUCUCUCUCACUUUCUCUCUCUCUCUUACAUUUUCACAUUCUCUCUCUAUCUCUCUCUCUCACUCUCUAAAUCAUUCACUUUCUCUCUCACUCCCUCUUUCCACCCCCCCUCUCUCUUUCACUUUCACAUUCUAUCUCUCUCUCUCUCUCUCUCUCUCUCUCUCUCUUUCAGUUUCACUUUCUCUCUCUUCCUCCUUCUACUCUUUCUCUCCCUCUCCCUAUUGAUUGUUCUCUCCCCUCUCUAUCUCUCUCUCUCUCUUCACUGUCUCUAUCCCUCAUUUCACGCUCUCUCUUUUACUUUCACAUUCUCUCUCUCUCUCUCUCUCUCUCUCUCUCUCUCAGCUUCACUUUCACUUUACCUCUCCCUCUAAUUGUUCUUCUCUCUCUCUCUUCCAUUCUCUCUCCAUUUUUCUUUCACUUUUUCUUUCUCUCACUUUUACCCUCUUUCUUUCACUUUCCCUUUUUUGCUCUCUCUCUCUCUCUCUCUCUCUCUCCUAUCAGGGCGUCACCGACACUGGAGACUCCUUCCCUAAACCCGUUACAGAUGUACUGCUUAAAUCACAUUCCAUUUCAUUCCGUUUACAUUCCGGUCAUCAGCCACAGAUACAGAUACAGAUACAGAUAGAGAGCAGAACUGGUUUUAAAUCCUUAUCCAGAUGCUUAAUGCAGUAUAUUUUUCUCUUAAUGAAACGUAACCAUCGUUACAUAGAAAAAAUACGAAAGUGAAAAAAAAAAAAAAAAAAAAGUGCACCAGAUUUACGAAGCGAAUCGAUGUUAAAAUACUCGGUGUUUCUGCCAUCGUCCCUUCCAGAGUAAGAAGUGCCAAAAUCUGAUUAUUUUCAUAUCGUCUUUAUCUGUAAAAUAGUGUUUCCUUUUUUCUUUUUCAAAGUGACCAUGUGAAAGAAAUUCUCUCUAUAUUCAGCAGCGUCGCUUGUAAAAAAAAACGGCUCAAGCUUCCGUCGUGAAAACGUGCGUCUCGAUGAUAAAAAAAAAAAAAAAAGGCUGUAAAACCUCUUUUAUUUAUUUAUUUAUUUUUCCUUCAGCCGCAAGUACAGAGUAUGUCAACAACGUGAAGACUCGGGAAAUUAAUAUCUAUAUUGACGUAAAUAUGGUAUUAGUUGAAGUCUGUUGCUAUUUCUUUUGUCUGGAUGUUGUUGUAAGUGCUGCGGUGCAGCAAGUGUGACUCAUUAAAAUAAAAAAAAUAAAUAAAUAAUAAAUAAAUAAAUAAAUAAAAAUUUAAAAAUAUAUAUAUAUAUAUAUUCAACAUCUGAUAUCCAAAAAAUAUAUAAAUAAAUAAAAAAGACAUUUAUGUUACAAAAUUACCACGGAAUCAUAUCAACACUAAUGGACAACUAAAUAAAUAAAAAAAAUAAAUUCUAAUAGAAAGACAAAUUGGUUUAUAAUUACGUUUAAAGGCCGGUAAAACAUUUAGUGAUUUAUUUACAGUAUUAUAAUAAUAUAUAUUAAAUUAAAAUAUAAUAAUUGAGAAUUAUAUUAUAUUAUAUUAUAUUAUAUUAUAUUAUAUUAUAUUAUAUUAUAUUAUAUUAUAUUAUAUUAUAUUAUAUUAUAUUAUAUUAUAUUAUUUUAAAGUGCCUGCUGGUUAAUUAUUAUAUCUAAACAAACAAAAAACUAUAAAACCGAUUAAAUUUGUACCAUUGAUGUCUUUCAUUAGCUUGAGAACAGCGGAGAUCUAGUGCUAUCGUAGUUAUAGGAAUAUUUUUUAAAACCAUCUGUUGGUGCACCACAGACUGUGAUCACGUUCGACGUCAUUGAGAUGAACUGCAAAUAAAAAAAGAAAUCUAGGGCUAAAACGUUUCAAAGCGAGCUAGCGAGCGAUAUGGAUCAAUUCUCAGACCCUUUACGGAGUGAAGUCUGAUGUCAAUCCAGUCAUGCAACCAAAACUUUGCUGACAAUCAUAAUUAUUAUUUUUCUGGGUUUUUUUUUUUUUAUUUUAAUCCUUUAUCGUGACUGAUUUAGGGACAUAAACAUCGCUGAGUGUGCUUUCGGUCUCGUUCAGUCAGAAAGUAAGUGUCAGUGUAGAAUAUUAGCAAAGCUAAACCAGUCAUUAUUCUGUGAAUUUAAAAUAAUAAUAAAAAUAAAUGAAAAAAAAAAAAAAAAACAAGUCACAUGCAGUAUGAACCUGCUUGGAGUGCAGGAUGAGAAGAUCUCUCGCUUUCUCUAGGUUUAAUCUUGUCCUGUAAAGGCGUGUGUGUGUGUGUGUGUGUGUGUGUUGAUCGUCUCUUGGUGUGUUGAGAGCCGGGUUCGAGCCGUGUCAUAUCCCUGAUGUUAUACCUGAUGGCUGCUUGUGGAGCCUCAUAAAGGUGUAAGAGUUUCUCGAAUCCAUGACCGAAUCCUAAUUCAUUAAUAAAGGUGUCAGUAAUAAAGUGAUCAUUAACCCUUAUGAAUACAACAGAAUGCUCAGUGAUGGAGUGAAGCAUAAUAAAGGUAUAGAGCAGGUUUAUUUUCAGUCUGUGAUCAAGCUACAUCUGAUCAAUAUCAUGAGGAUUCACUGCACUGAAGAACCAGUGGAAAUGGUUCCGGUCGAAUUCACUCAAGAUGGAAGUCAAGGGGCAGAUGAUGAAGAUGAUAAGGAUGAUGAAGAUGAUAAAGGUGUUAAAUACUAACACUUACAGUUUAUUCAGGCUUCUAAAUGGAGUUGUUUCAGUUUUUAUCCAUUUUUAGAUACUUUAAAUGUUAAGGAAUGUCUGUGAGACAUCAUCAUCAUCAUCAUCAUCAUCUCUCUGUUUGUCUCUCUCUCUCUUGCUAUCUUUCUAUCUCUUUCUCUCUCACCACCACCCCCCCACUCUCUCUCCAUCCUCUCAUUCUGCCUGUCUUUUUUCUCUCCCCCCACUCUCUCUCUCUCUCUCUCUCUCUCUCCCUCUGCCUGUUCCCCCUCCUUUGCUCACCCCCUCUCACACCCCUCACUGUCUUUCUCUUUCAUUCCCCCCCUCACUCUCCCCCCUCCCCCUUCCUCCUUGCACUCUGCCUGUUCCCCCUCCUUUGCUCUCUUUCUCACACACACUCUCUCUCUCCCUUCUCUCUUUCUCUCUCUCUCUCUCUCUCUCUCCUUCCUCUUUCUCCCUCUCCCAGAAACACAAACAAAUGACAACAAUUGGAUUUAAAAAGUACAUUUUACUUUAAACUGGAAACGUUUAAAUGUUUCUUUUCCCAAAAUAAAUUUUAUUAAAUUUCUCCUUUUGCAUCAAAAAAGUUUCACUGUGCAUCAGUAAAAAAAAAUUAGUAAUUAGUAUUUUUUUAAAGAAAUUAAUAUUAGAAAAACUUGUAGAUUUUUUUUUUAUUUAACUUUGAAACACUGAUCUGAUCUGUAAAUUGAGGAAUUUAAAAAUGCUUAAAAUUCCUGAAAAUAAAUAAAUAAAUAAAUAAAUAAAUAAAUAAAUAAAUAAAUAAAUAUUAUGUCCAGGAUUCAUGAACUGCCCUUAGACUUCCACGACAAGUGAUUUUCGACAAAAACUUUUUCUUUAUUUGUUUCAUUUCCAGUUCAGGAAAAAUAGAAAACAUUGAUUGUCUUCUGUAAUGACAUGUAUGUAAUGUACGCAGUAUGUUUUGUAUAGAAAAUGUCUUAUUUUGUUUGUUUGUUUGUUAUAAAGCAUUGGAGCAUUCCUUUACACUCGCUCUCUAAGUUCAGCUUGUUAUUAUUCCCCCUUUUUUACCUAAAUUUUUCUUUAUUAUUAUCCGACACACCGAGAGAACAAACGAUGCGUUCAUCCCAGUGAGACGCAGAUGUCCAGGAAGGAAUGUAUUCCAAAAGAAAGCGCGAAAGGAAGAAUGAAAGAAAGGAAAGAUGGUGUGUGAAAUAGAAAGGGGGAAAUAAAAUUAAAAAAAGCUGCUGCUUUCUGUGUUCUUGACACCAGCUGUCUUUCUGAGUGAGCGUGCUCAGAAGGUAACGACCAUGUCUCGAAGCUGUUAGAAACCAAUACCAGCUCUGUGUGUGUGUGUGUGUGUGUGUGUACCUGCCACUGGGUGGUGUCGUGUUCUUCUCUGUCAUUACUGCGCUCAUCCUGAAGAGAGCCCUUAAAGCCACACACGGCUCUCGUCGUACGGCGGCCCUUCGAAACCCUUGAAUGUACCGAAUCGAAUCGUUAUCGUACUUUCAGAGCGACUUGUCGUGAAUCCUAGCCUGCUCUUUUAUUUCCUUUUCCCUCUUUUUCCACCAUGUGUAGUAAAGCUUCUUGGUAAAACAGCUGCGUGUUUUUUCUACAUGUCCAACUUUCACUGUAGAUAAAGAACAAACCUUGGUAUUUCUGACUGUCUGUGCCAAAUUUUUGUAUCUGUGUAUGGACUUUUAAUCGUCCGCUUCGCAGCCAGGAGACGCGGUGGGAGGUGGCUUCGUUUGUUCAUAGUCAGUUAAUAGUGUAUUAAAAAAAAAAUGGACAAAAAUGAACUAGCAUUCAUAAACAGGGACACUGGUUGUAUAAGAUUCUUUGAGAAUUUCUAUUUAUUUCUUUGUAAAAGUGCCAAAAUAUUCAAUAAAUCGAUGAAACAAUGA